AUGGUACAGUUAAAACAGGUUUCCCUACGGCUCAAGUCGAUCAAGAACAUCCAAAAAAUUACCAAAACCAUGAAGAUGGUGUCAGCCAGCAAAUUCACAAAAGCUGAACGAGAGCUCCAAGCGGCGCGACCCUUUGGGUACGGACCUCGAAAGUUCUACGAGUCCAGUCAUUUAGUCAAAGGUGCCGUAGACGCGAAGAAAGGAGACGCCAAGGAUGCACCCCCUGAACCAGUGGCUCCGGAGAAAAUUGAAGAAAAAGAUGAAAAGAAAAUUAGGAGGCUUUAUAUUGCUAUGACGUCUGACAGAGGACUGUGCGGUGGCGUCCACAGCGGAGUGGCGCGCCGUAUUCGCCGCGAGAUGGCAGCACGGCAGGCGGACGGGCCCAACCACAAGUUGGUCUGCGUGGGGGAUAAAUCACGCACGAUGCUCCGGCGCACCUACGCUGAUAACAUGCUCGCCAGCGUCAAGGAUAUCGGGCGGAUAGCCCCAGUGUUUGCGGACGCGUCGGUGAUCGCGGCCCACAUCACAGACUCUGGCUACAUGUACGAUUCCGGAGAGAUCUAUUAUAACAAAUACUUCUCCCCAGUCAAGUACGAGAUGACUAUAGUACCGGUCUUCAAUAAAUUCAAGAUCGAGGCGGCACCCAACAUGAACGCUUUCGACGACGUCGACGACGACCAGCUAGAAUGCUACGCUGAAUGGACACUCGCUGCGCUGUUGUACUACGCGCUGAAAGAAAGCGCAGCAUCCGAACAGUCAGCAAGGAUGGCCGCUAUGGACAACGCGACGAAGAACGCCGCAGAAAUGAUUAGGAAACUAACACUACUCUUCAACCGCACGAGACAGGCAGUGAUCACCAGGGAACUGAUAGAGAUCAUAUCUGGAGCUGCCGCCCUCAAAUAG